CCGCGUCAGCGCUGCUCCUGAGGUCGCGGGCGGAACGUUGGACGCAAUGGGGGCUGAGGGGGGGGAUGCAGACCCUGCCUGAAGCCAUCGCUGCCUUCCUGCGGCCGCGCCGCGCCGAGAUGCUGCUCCAUGCGGAGCUGCAACGCCUGCGGCUGCGGCACGACGGCACCUGGCAGCUCACCCUGCCCGGCAGCACCAUCACCGCAGACCACGUCAUCAGCGCCCUGCCUGCCGCAGCCCUGGCCCGCGUGCUGCCCCCGGAGGCGGAAUCGUUGGCCCUGGAGCUGAGCCGCAUCCCCGCCGUGACGGUGGCCGUGGUGAACCUGCAGUACCGCGGCGCCACGCUGCCCGUGGCCGGUUUUGGGCAUUUGGUUCCUUCCUCUGAGGACGAAGCGCUGCUGGGCAUCGUCUACGAUUCCGUGGCGUUUCCGCAGCACGACGGCGCCGGGAGCCCCUGCGUGCGGCUGACG